UACAAACUCACCUUCUAGAAAGGGAGAAAUUUCCGAGGGCUCAUCAAGUCUAGAGAGAGAUAGCAAGGAAACAUCCUCUUCAGUUUCUGAAGUCAAACAAAAGCUUGCAGAUUCAAUUCAACCAUAUACUGCUACUCUCUCUCUAGAAAAUUUAUUUAUUUAUAUUUUGCCUCUCUGUUUCUUAGCCUUUAAAAAGUCCAUCUCUUUCUUUGAUCACACGGUCCUUUCCACCAUUUCUUUCUUUCUUUCUUUCUCUCUUUCUCUGUUAAGGUUUUUCUUUCUUCGGUUGUUUUUGUGUUUUUUCAAAGAAAGAAAGAGAGAAACUACAAGUGUGUGUUUGUUUGUUUGCUUGCAUCUCUUAACACAAUCAUGAGUAGCCACGCGGCAUCCUCCAGUAAUGGAGGCAACGGAUCGGGUGAUUCUGGUGCUCCAAGAAGGAAUUCAAAGCGACCCAAAUAUUCAAAGUUUACUCAACAAGAACUUCCUGCUUGCAAGCCAAUUCUCACACCACGAUGGGUAGUGUCUGCAUUCAUGCUUAUUGCCAUUGUCUUCAUCCCUAUUGGCAUUGCUUGCUUGCUUGGUUCCCGAGAUGUUGUUGAAGUUGUUCAACGGUAUGAAACAGAAUGCAUUCCGGUUGAAAAUAGAACCAAUAAAGUCCAAUUUAUACAAAGCGCUGCUGAUAAAACAUGCACAAUAUCAAUGACGAUCCCUAAGCGUAUGAAGCAACCUAUUUAUGUUUACUAUCAGCUUGACAACUUCUACCAGAAUCAUCGUAGGUAUGUGAAGAGCCGAAGUGAUGAACAGUUGAAAAGUGUGAGUAAAGAGAAUGAUACAAGUUCCUGUAAGCCAGAAGAUAUUGCAACGGGGAGGGGGGCAAUUGUACCCUGUGGUCUGAUUGCUUGGAGUUUGUUUAAUGAUACUUAUAGCUUCUCCCGCCAGAACCAGUCAUUGACAGUGAAUAAGAAGGGAAUUGCUUGGAAGAGUGAUAAGGAGAAAAGGUUUGGUAAAGAUGUCUUUCCCAAAAACUUUCAGGGUGGAGGUCUUGUAGGUGGUGCAAGUCUCAAUGAAUUGAUACGUCUGAGCGAGCAGGAGGACCUCAUGGUUUGGAUGCGAACUGCAGCUCUGCCAACUUUUAGAAAGUUGUAUGGGAAGAUAGAGGUGGAUCUUGAGGCAAAAGAAGUCAUAAAUGUGACACUGAUGAACAACUAUAACACAUACAGUUUUAAUGGCAAGAAGAAACUCGUGCUUUCAACCACAAGCUGGAUUGGUGGACGAAAUGACUUUCUUGGCAUUGCUUAUCUCACUGUUGGGAUGAUAUGCUUCGCCUUGUCAAUGGGUUUCACGAUUGUGUAUUUUUUCAAGCCUAGGCGGCUUGGUGAUCCUACCUUCUUAUCAUGGAACAGAGGUCCUGGGUCGCACUAAAAAUGCCUGUGGAUUUCUUUUGAUGGCGUCACUUUGGCACGUCUCUUCUUAUUGUAACUUUAAUGUCUAUGGAAUGUUUAAAACAUAACAGUGGCUCGGGUAGGAUUCUGUUGGUUUGAAAUCUUGAUUUCUAGGCAAUACACCAGUGAUCAUUAUGUAUAAUUACAACAUUAGUAUUGAAUACAAUUUUUUAUUAUUUGUUUC